AUGACUUCAGAGUCUUACAGAAAUGGUACUGAGCUGUGCAGCGAAGCAAUAGAAAAUCUGGAGAAGAAGUAUGAUGUGGUCCUUAACAUUCAAGGAGAUGAACAACUCAUUGAGCCUGAGAUUAUAGACAGUAUUGUCAAAGCACUUCAGGUAGCACCUGAUGCAGUAUUUAGCACAGCGGUGACGUCAUUAAAACCAGAAGACGGAGAUGAUCCUAACCGAGUCAAAUGUGUGGUGGACAACCGUGGCUAUACUGUCUAUAUCUCAAGUGGUUUGGAAUGGCCAUUCGUGAAGGAAGUUUACUCUUUUGUGUUUGUUGAUAGGAUGGUAGCACAUGCGAUGGAGUUAUGGACAGCUGUAAGCGAUGAAGGAGAAGUUCUUGCACAUGUUCUUGCACAUGAGGGAGCAGCGACAUUUGGGUGGAGUCAACAUGGAAGAUCUACAUAG